GCAGGAACUACUCCCAUUCCAGGGUUUUCUGCUGGAAUAAACAUGAAACUUUUUCUGAUAAUGGCAUUCGUCUCAUUCCUUACAACAACGUGCUUUCAACAUUACUUCUACCUUUGCAAGGGCCUUCUCAUUAAUUUCGAGCGCCCACUGUCGGAUUUAACAUCUACUGGAGAAAGCUUAUAUAGUAAAAUGAUGCUUGAGUGUCGAGCAAACGAUUCUUCACGUUGCCUCCCGAUUUUUUGUGAUACCUUUGUACCAACAGUUAUUGUGGACAAGCAAUUCAGGGAAUAUUUGAACGUCACGGACUCCCAGGAAAGGAUCCACGGAAUGGUUAGGUAUUGCUCCGAUUUCCACGAAAAAAUGGACGAUGACGAGCUCCAAACUAAAGCAAAACGUCUCCUUUAUGGGAGCCGAGCAGAAGUGAGGCAUCAGUCUGCUACAUCUAGGACACGAGCACCAAUCGCUUAUCUGGCAUCUGCACUUUUAAUUACUAUUAACCUAUGAGCCUUACGAUUUUUUCAUCUCUUCUCUUGAACCUAAUCAUUGGAUAUCUGUUCAAUAGCUCGUAAUUUUGAAUUUCAACACGUUGCCGCUCAUGAAGAUCAGUCUAUUUGAUCCCGCAUAAUCUCAAGCUGUUUCUAUAAUUCCAAGCUAUCGCAAGUUUGACACUACUUCCUUUCGACCAUCUUCUCCAGCCAAAGUGAAAUUAUAGUUUACUCAAGAAUUACUUCUUUGCUCACAGUGGGUCCUGCAGUAAAUGAAAAAGUUUGGCGAGAAAAACUCAUUAAUACAGCAGCUACAUAGCAGAAAAAUCAGACAGAUAGGAUAUCUUAUCUCGGG